ACAUAUAGCUGCUUGAGCACUUCUCGAGAAUCAUACAGCGUUUAGUCAACGGAUGACAAAGUUGUAGCUAUUAUGAAAAUACUGUAAUUAUAUUGCAGGCAAAAUCUGUUUGUUAACCACAUCAUUCGAUCACGCGUAUUUGGAGCGACCACUAAACUACAGAAACGCCGACGUUUCGUAUAAUUCAUUCAUAGUUUACAUCAAUGACGAGAUAAAACAAGUUAUUUUACUGAGUGCAUAUUGAUCAAUACUGUCAUUUAUCCAUGAAAAAAUGGGUCAAAAGGAAAGCACGCCAUUCAAGGGAGACAUAAUUCGAAGUUUAGAAAGACACGAAGGACCCGUACUUCACUGUGCAUUCUCUCCUGAUGGUAAAGUCUUAGCUAGCUGUUCUACGGAUAAAAAUGUGAUACUUUGGAAUGUUGUGACAGGAGAUAUAAUGUAUACUCUGAAGGGACACGCAGAUGAUGUAACAUAUUGUUGUUUUUAUGAAAAUGUUCUUACAACGUGUUCAAAAGACAGGACGGCCGUUUUGUGGGUCUAUGAACAUGGAAGAUGUGCCUCGCGUCUGGCAAUUCAUUCUGCAGCUGUCAACGCAUGCGCAAUAUCGUCAUCUGGUCAGCACUUAGCAACAUGCUCAGACGACAAAACAAUACGAAUAAUAAAAUUUUUACCGGGAACCGGUGCCUUUGUGGACGGAUCAAAAAUUACAUCGCUUAUCGGACAUCGCGAUGCCGUUAACGAUGUAAAAUUUUCUCCCGACGGUCAUUAUUUAGCGAGCGCUUCCCACGACACAACAAUUAGAAUAUGGCAGACAGAGACUGGCGCAUGUGCAAUGAUACUAGACGACUCUAUAGGGGCUGUCAAGAAACUGUGUUACUCACCUCUAGAAGGUCACAUGAUGAGUAUAUCAGGUCCAGGAAACUUUGUGAGUGUGUGGAACACAACAUCUUAUGUGGUAGAGAAGGUCUUGGAAGCUGACAACGGUACAGAGAUUCAGAACAUAGCUAUAACACCAGACGGAAUGGUAAUUAUUGGGCUGUCCGAAGACAACAAAAUCACACUUUGGGCUACGAUGACAGAUAAUUGUGUGCCUAAACGAAGAACAACUCCUCACGUAAAAGGUGUUAUGACAAUUGCUCUGCAUGACGAUGGCAAUGAAUGGUGCAUCGCAACCGCUGAUAGAGAUGGAGUCAUUAAUAUUUGGAAUUAAACGUUUGGAAAUAAGAUAUUUCGUUCAAGCAACAAAAUCUGAAAUGAAACCAUGAAACAUCUAGGAGUGGAAAAUAAUCUCGGAAGAAGAUUAUGAACAUGCUUAACUUUAUGAAGGCCAAAAAUCACUAAAGGCUGCUUUUUAGCAUACACAUAUAGUAAUUGAUGUAACUCUAAUAUGCAUGGCAUAAUUUGACCUUUCAAGUAUAGUUUUAUUUAUUGCGUUGUAACGUUACAUAAGUUGAAAGAAAUAGGAAAAAAGUUAUUAAAAUAUUUAUUUCGAAUACAACAAAAAA